UUAAUAAUGGUUCAAUUACAUUAUAUAUAUAUUACGAAUAAAUAUAUAUAUCAUAAAUAUAAAAUAAUCAAUAAAUCUCUACGCCUAAUUUCAGAGUAUGUUAGUGGACACCGACAAAGAAAAGUCAAUUUUCCCUGUCCUUUUUACUCGGUUUGUGAUUCGACCAUCUGGGAGCCGCUGUUAAUAUGCAGGGGAUUUCCGGAAUUCGGAUAGACGUGGGAUAUCUUUAUCAUUCCGCAUUCUGAGCAGCAGAUGGCGACAAAUCCAUGCAAUUUCCAUUAUAUUUUGGUCACGUGAAUGUUCAACAUUGAAUAUAUAAAUUAUAAAUAUAUACUCCUUUAUUAUCCCGUCUUAAGGUGGAUCUUUGUGCUGCAGCAUUAAAAAGUGGCGAUAUCUUCCUGGGUUUUUACAACAGAGUGAUGACGCCUCCUGCUGUGGACCUGAGGAAAAGAUGCUGAAGCUGUGUGGUGGAUGCUCAUCAUCAUCAUCACCACCAGCAGCAGCAGCAGCAGUAGUCUUCUCAUUCUUCCACCUCGUCUACUCACAGCAAAUAAAUGAGUCAAUAUGGCCGCGGAGCAGCUCGCCCUGUAACGGCACCGAGACACGGACAGUCCACGAAUAAAAACACAGCAGGACACCAGUUGGACAACGCAGGGUCAGUCUGCAUCCUUUUUAAAACGUUCACAUUUUCAGACUAGCGCAGACCAGGCUGAGUGUCCACCAAAACAAAGCUACAGUUUAAAUGGCGUUCAUGUCCCGGUUCUCCCGGUCCCGGAGUAGCUCCAGGUCCCCCAACCGAAAAGACUCUGAACGGGUCUCACCAAUUUUGACUGUGUCUGAAUUGGAGCGGCUCCUCUGCACUGGCAAGACUGCCUGUAACCACGCAGAUGAAGUGUGGCCCCGGCUUUACAUAGGAGACCAGGAGAUUGCAUCAGAUCGACGUGAACUGGUCAAACUUGGCAUCACUCACAUCCUGAACUGUGCACAGAGCAAGUGGCGUGGAGGAGCAGAGUGUUACGCUGGGAUGAACAUCACCUACCAUGGCAUCGAGGCCCACGACUCCCCCAACUUUGACAUGAGCGUAAACUUCUAUCCUGCUGCUGAGUUCAUUCACAAAGCCCUGGCAAGUGGAGGUAAGGUGCUGGUCCACUGCACUGUGGGUGUGAGCCGCUCAGCCACCCUGGUGCUGGCCUACCUGAUGAUCAGACAGAACCUAACUCUAGUGGAGGCCAUCAAGACAGUGAAGGACCACCGAGGUGUCACCCCCAACCGCGGUUUCCUCCGCCAGCUCAACGGCCUGGAUGGCAUCCUGAGAGAGAGCCGCAAGACGGCCCCACAGAGCUGAGGAGUUGAAGACGUGAGUGGACACAAGUGCACGCACCAGGUAACAGCCGGUGAUGACACCGAGGCGACGGAGGGUGGUCUGCAAGUCUAAAUUAGUGGUUAUACACUGGGUUUUUAUUGUCACUGGUUUGUUUUCUGACAAAGCAAUAACACCACUGGAUGGUGAUGAGGUCAUAUCCUGGCCGUACAGUCCGUCUAAACUGCUCCAUACCUGUCUGUCAUCCAUGAAUACGUAAACACCGAGGAGCCUGAAACACCAGUAGCUCCAAGAGGAUUGAAAAACUUUAGGGCUCUGCAUUUUCCAAUUGGGGGCAAACUAGGAGAUCUUUAGAGAAGAUGAGGCUCUUGCCCUUAUUCAUUUAUCAUUAUUGAGUUAUUAUUAGGUUAUUGAUUCACCACACGUGUGGGCGAGGAUUAUCUUCAUUUAUGACAACCGAUUUAUUGAGAUAAACUUUGGGUGAAGCCUUGAUCUCCCGUACAGGCUCUAGUCAAAGGUCUAGUGGUCAGGCAGACACCAUCAGUGGGUUUGAACUAAUUAAAUGUAGCACAGAACACACCCUCUCAACUAGUGUAAGAUUCAUUUCUUUAUGUAAAGACAAAAGGCUUUACAUAAAGAAAUCAAGCUAAAAUGUUUUCAUCUAAAACCAAUGAAAAUUUUGUUUUUUUUUAUCGUACUGAACCCAGACACCUUUGAAGAAUUGAUAACUUACUUCAGAUCUGCUUUUCAUGUAUUUUUAUUAUCUCAAGAGUAUCAAAACGUAUUGAGUAUUUCUCGCUGUCUUCACAUAUCCAGAAUUAGAUACUAUAUAAAGGUGCAUUUGUAUAGUUACUAGAUCAGAUAAACAUUCACACAUAUACACAUUCAUAUCCACUCACACCAUGGCUUAUUGAACUAACCAGUUGUUAAUUAUAUAUACACUGUCCUAGCUUAGCUUAGCUAGGUGCUACCAGUAAAUGCAGUUCAUCCCAACCGUCAGUCGUGUCUCUGGAUGUUGUUGUUGGUCCAAAGCGCUUAUGGUUAAAAGUUAUAUAAAAACACUUUUGAUGGCAUAUGUAGCAGGACAGAGAGUGUUCCCUUUAACAGACGUGGUGUGUCCAUUUAGUUAAUCUGCAAUGGACACACACACAGUUCCUGGUACUAACCCUAGUUUCUAUAGUGGAAACAUGGCUUCAUUUAAAGUCAUGAACUAUUGAUAUAAAAGAGUGAGACUGAGAAUGACACAAAGGUGGAGUGCUCCUCCUCUCACUCCUCAGUUUGUUAUUAAUGUCAGCUACUACAUCAGCCUUGACAUGAAAUGAAGGACAGUAUUUCACAUGGGCACUCUCCUACAUUUUCAUAAAUCAAGUCGAGAGCAAAACAAUAAUCCAACCUGCUGUAGGACCUUGGUGGCACCUUCAAAACAAGGUCCUCGACUAAAGAAUGUUCUUAUAGACUUGUUUCCCUCUCUAACUUAAGACUGACAUCAGACGGCACCAUCCAUUUAUUAUGUACGGCCAAUGGUUUUUGUACAACAGUUUAAAAGGGACUGAUCAUCACAAAUUGACUAUAGGGAAGAUUUUUAUAUUUUCACACAACUUACCCUCUCAUACACACAUUGGGUGGGAUCAAUGGUAUUAUUGAUGCUAGUUAAUCCCACUCAUUGGUGCUUUAAACCCACCCUUCUAAUCCAGAAUAGCUGGUUCCAUAAACACUCACUGUAAAUGGUUAACGACCUUUAGGCUGGUAUUUAACAUCAAGUUUACAUUAUUAGCCAGCCAUUACAAAACAUUGAGGAGGUUAAUGGUUUAAUAUGCCAGCAAAGGUGUGUUGACCGGGGGGAGGGUGGGUGUAACACCAAACACAUGCCGUUACAACAGCUAAACACUGCCCUACAGUAGAGUGUCGUGUGAUCAGCUCUAUGGUCCUGCCCUCAGUAAAGUGUUGUUUAUUCUCAUGCUAGUGAUACACACUAGGAGCACUAACCUGGAAUUUAAGCAGACGUGUUUUACCUCAAGUAUGUGCUUGUGACACUUUUGUGGUGGUCACAUGUGCCGUUUUAACUACUCCAUGAGGUAGAGAGUUUUGCUUCAUUUGUAUGUACUGCCAGAUUUUAUGUAGGGGCAAAUUAAAAAGUCCUAAAACAGAUUAUACAAUUGCAAAUGGGGUUUAAUUACGAAAACUUGUUAAACCAGGUCUCUCAGUUGUUUCCAACAGGUUUGAAGCCAAGUAAGAAAUCGGGUUGUGAUUCUGUGUGAAAGACUUCAAUCAGGAAGGAGGUUUUUAUACAUCAAUUGAGAGAAAUAACACAGAUAAAUCACUUUUUGUAAUCAAUAAAGUCAUUAUUAUUUUUUUUUUUUUUUAAAAAGAAAAAUUGGUCUUAAUAUUAUAGACUAAAGAAAACGAACAGACGCUUCGAGGACGGCGAGUGUAGUCGUGCUGGCCAGUAGAGAGACUUGAGAGCCGUUAAAUCUGAUGAAGUGAAUAAAAAGCAGUUAAGCAGCAAGCUGCAUCUUAACAAAAUUGAAGAAUUUUUAAAAUAGAAAUUUCCCAAGAUAAAUUCUAGAGAACACACAGACCCCUUUAGAUUGCUAAAUUAAUCCAAAAAUAGGAAGCCUGUGAUACUAAAUGAAGAGCUUUUGGGAACGACAAGAGCCUGCUCUUCUAGGGAAGUCGAAUCUUAGAAAGAUUUAGAUUUAGUUAGUGGUUAGCUAUUUUAUUUUGGCUAACAUUGUAUUACACACUAUGAGUAUUAUUGUUGUCAGUUUCUUUUCUUUGCCAAGUGAAUGACACACAGAUUCACACCUGCUAGGCUGUGGAUCCAUUUCUACAGUGUAAAUGAAGAACAGUACUUACAGUGCAAUUUCUACUCUGUAAAACCUAACUUCUACUAUCACUAAUACUGAUACUACUGCCAGUGCUACUAUUAAUAUCAGAUUCUUGACUUUGAGAAAAACAUUUUUUUUUUCUGAGGAUCUACCUUUUGUGAACUAUCGUGGUCACCGUUGCUGUACUGGAUGUGUGUUUUGUAAUUGUGUUUUUAUUGUGCAGUGACUGAUUAAAGGUCCGUUUUAAUCCGUUUAUAAUUUUAUAUUUUCUUUGUUUUGUUUUUUUACAUUAACAUUUCUGUGGGGAAGUGUGAUUUCUUUAGUGUUUUUUCUUAAGAAACUUUUAAUAGGACACUAGUAAAAAACAUGUUGAUGCCUUAAUCUGUGUACCUUUAUUCUACACUUGUGUUUCUGUUUUUACUCUGAACUGAACUCUGAUCAUUUAUAUUUAGUUUUAUUAAUUUCUGUACUUGGUCAAUAAUAAAAAAAAGUACAAUGCCAGACCAAUUGUGCUGUUUUAUGUAAAACCGGUUUACAACUAGUACUUGCUAUUUGUAGUUUAUAUUGUACCAUAUAUUUUUGGCUUACUUAGUGUAAUCCAAAAUUCCGAUGUAAGUCUUAAAUGUUCUAAGAUGGAUGCCAUUAUUUCCAAUUUUAAUAAUUAAAACAUGUCUCUCAGGGGUCUCAUUCAGUUUGGACAAGUUUUAUCAUUAUCUCUUUGUCAACUAUUGUUUACAUUUAUUAUUUACAUUUCAUAUAUGUUACAUUUUACAAACGAAGUAACCUCUGUUUUCAGACGAGACAAAGACGCAUACCAACCUACCUGAUAUUUUGUUCCAUCUUCAUAAUAUAAUUCAAAAUUGAUGUUUAUUUAAAAAUUAAAUAGUAGUCUUUGUUGACUUGAAGAAGUAGAAAAAUAAUUUCAAUAACUGUCGAGAGCCGUGAAAUAAGCUCAGACCAAUUUGGUUUGAUGUCUUUGGGAAAUGAUAAAUAUUCAUACACACACUAUUCCUUACUGACCUCUAGUGGUAUAAAAUAAAAGUGCACCCCAAAUGUUGCUGCAGGUUGUUUUUUUUUAAACUGAAUCAUGACAGAAAGAGAGCAGAGACAAAGGCAGGGAUUGAUAGGUUUCAUUGACACCUAGUAUAUUUUAGGUCAUAAAUAAGGACAGAUCCAAAGACAAAAAUAUGAUAUAAUUA